AUGAAUAUGGUCAACUAUCCACAGCCACCACCACCACCACCUCCUCCUCCUCCUCCCCAUCCAUCUAACUCCUACUACUUCCCGCCAGGAGGUGGUAACUAUCAACCGUCCCCUAACCAGACUAACCAGAGCAUUCCAUACAAUUUAUACAACAAUCCAACCAAUCAGCAUUUUCAACAAUCUAACGAAAAUAUCGUUUCUAAAAUGAAUUAUAACCCGGUAAAUAAUUCUGGCUCUCCAAAUGGACAUCAACCUUUUUCAAUCGCCUCGCCAAUCAGUAACUAUCAAGUCACUCCCCAAGUUCAGCAAUUAUACCUUCCGCUACAUCAGAGUGUAGCAUCACCAUCCCACAUGGCUUCCUCUUCCACAUCCUUGCAAGGCACAAAUCAGCAGAUACCUCCCUUCAGCUACGUCUCGCAACAAAACAAAUAUUCACAAGCUUAUCAUUACCAGUAUCCAAUACCUCACAAUUUUUCAUCCGUUCCCCCAAUUAACAGUGAACCUCUCACAGGUAAUAAUAGUAUUCCGAUAUAUAACAGCAAUAGCAGCAGUAGUACAAGCAUAAGAGGGGGUGUCAAAAUGAAGAAAAAUAUGCCACCCUCUCAAAUUCAAACUCGAUCGCCUCCUCAACCCCAAGCCUUCUCCCCAAAAGCUGAUUUGCUAAAGAAUCCUAAUUUACAGCCAGGCCCAGGGUCAGACCAGCGACAGCUAUUAUCUCCACAUACGCAACAAUUAUCAAUUCAACAACAACAAAAGUAUCAGCAGUAUCAAAGUCAUAUGCCAUUGCCACCCUAUGAGCCAUCACAAUCAACUCAUUUUGCAGCACUUCCUCCACCGUCGCAAUUCCCAUCUCAAACGCGCACACAAGGGCAGAUGCCAUUACCUCAUUUGACUCCCAAGUAUCCAGACUCUAAUAUGCAAGAUCAAAGGAUGACCGGUUUUGUUCGAGGAUAUGGUUACCAGGCAACUCCACAUAUUACAAAUAAUAACCCUUAUGGAUAUACAAACAACGAGAACGAGGUCUCACCACAUAAUGGAAUGAAAAGAGAGUAUGAAGAAGGUGCUUUUUUACAUGGUGAAAAGCAGUCGUCCAUUGCCGGUGUUAUCUAUAACUCUAGUGCUGUUUUCAAGAGGUUGAAACCCAGUUUAAGUGAGGAGGAAAGUGAAGUUAUAUAUAAAGAAGAGACAAAUAGAUCUCAAGGGAGACCUUUUAGCAGUAACUUGACCGGAAGAUUCAUCUUCCAUGACAAUUUGAAAAGCUUACUCAACCAUGUUGACAAGAAAAACAACAAUAACUUUGUCGUCUAUGAUAUGAGCAAGCACGGUAAGUCUAGUAAACAACUCAAUGAAAAGCAGGAGAAUCAUGAAAAGCAGGACACAACCAAAUCACAAGUGAAACAUGGGGAAGCAACAGAAGAUGGUCAAUCCACCAUCAAAAAGAUAAAAAAGCCUGUCAUUAAAUAUUCAAAAGAGGGCCAACAAAUCACCCAAAUGCUUUUUAAGAAUCUAAAGGAAAGUUUGAGUAAUAACGAUGUUGUAAGAAUGGGCAUAAUCAAUGACAAGUUAAACUCUGAAGUCUCUAUGGAAGCCCUGGACAACUUCUUAGAUUGUACACAUGAUGAUAUUAUGAAAAUAGAUGGAUACAGGGAGCAAUUUACACCUGUCCAAAAAACGAUUUCUUACAAUCCGAAGUGUAAAACAAAACAGGCCAAAAAGGAAGAGACAUCGACAGACGAAGCUGGUGAUGCGGAUGAUAAGUCUGACAAAAAGACUAAGGAUAAAAGGUUUAAUUUCCAUACUCUAAUCAAAGAGAACAUGGGUCUUGAUGAAUAUGUUUUCGUUAAAACUAUUAGAGACAAUAAUGGACAUAUACUGAAACUCGAAACUAUCAAGCCACCUGUUGAUAGGGAUGGGAAAUUCAGCUAUACUUCGGAGUGGUUGAAAAGGAGAAUCUGCUACCCUCGAUACAAAGGGGGAAUGAACCUCCAUUUACUAGGACCAUCAUUCAACUUCAUACUCUACAACGAUAUCAAGAUGUUGCUGUGGGACAUUAAAGAAGAAAUUCUUAGUCGUGACGAAAAGGAUUUAGAUAGAAUUUUGAGCCAAUCAGAUAUAGUUGUGGAUGACGAUCUGAAAGAGAAGCUGUUUGGAAAUAAAGUAGUGUAUACUCAGACUUUAGACAGGUAA